GGGUGAAGAGGUGGAGGAGGAGGAGGCGGCGGCGAGAAGAUGGCGACUUCGAACAAUCCGCGGAAAUUUAGUGAGAAGAUCGCACUGCACAACCAGAAGCAGGCGGAGGAGACGGCGGCCUUCGAGGAGGUCAUGAAGGACCUGAGCUUGACGCGGGCCGCGCGGCUUCAACUGCAAAAAUCCCAGUACCUACAGCUGGGCCCCAGCCGCGGCCAGUACUAUGGUGGAUCCCUGCCCAACGUGAACCAGAUUGGAAGUGGCAGCAUGGAUUUCUCCUUCCAGACACCGUUUCAGUCCUCAGGCCUGGACACGAGUCGGACUACACGACAUCAUGGGCUUGUGGACAGAGUAUAUCGUGAGCGAGGUAGACUUGGCUCUCCGCACCGGCGGCCCCUGUCAGUUGACAAGCAUGGGCGACAGGCUGACAGCUGCCCCUACAGUACCGUGUACCUCUCGCCUCCUGCGGAUACCAGCUGGAGGAGGACCAACUCUGACUCUGCCCUGCAUCAGAGCACAUUGACACCCACCCCGGCAGAACCCUUCUCAGGAGGGUCCCAGGAUGCACACCAGAAGAGAGUGUUACUGCUUGCCGUCCCAGGCAUGGAGGAGACCAGGUCUGAGACGGACAAGACCCUUUCUAAGCAGUCAUGGGACUCAAAGAAGACGGGUCCCAGGCCCAAGUCCUGCGAGGUUCCCGGAAUCAACAUCUUCCCAUCUGCAGAGCAGGAGAGCACGGCAGCCCUGAUCCCUGCUACCCACAACACAGGAGGCUCCCUUCCUGACCUCACCAACACCCAUUUUCCCUCCCCACUCCCGACGCCGCUGGACCCCGAGGAGCCCCCGUUCCCCGCUCUCACCAGCUCUAGCAGCACUGGCAGCCUCGCACAUCUCGGCGUCAGCAGCGCUGGUCAGGGUAUGAACACCCCCAGCUCUUCUCCACAGCACCAGCCGGCAGUCAUCAGCCCCCUGUCCCUGAGCACAGAAGCCAGGCGGCAGCAGGCCCAGCAAGUGUCACCCACCUUGUCCCCGUUAUCACCCAUCACUCAGGCCGUGGCCAUGGAUGCACUGUCCCUGGAACAACAGCUGCCCUACGCCUUCUUCACUCAGGCUGGCUCCCAGCAGCCACCGCCACAGCCACAGCCACCGCCUCCACCUCCACCUGUAUCCCAACAGCAGCCACCACCUCCACAGGUGUCUGUAGGCCUCCCCCAGGGCGGCCCACUGCUGCCCAGUGCUAGUCUGACACGGGGGCCCCAGCUGCCACCGCUGUCAGUCACUGUACCAUCCACUCUGCCCCAGUCUCCUGCAGAGAACCCCAGCCAGCCACCAAUGGGGAUUGACACCACCUCGGCACCAGCUCUGCAGUACCGCACGAGUGCAGGCUCACCAGCCAACCAGUCUCCCACCUCUCCAGUCUCCAAUCAAGGCUUCUCCCCUGGAAGUUCCCCACAGCACACGUCCACCCUGGGCAGCGUGUUUGGGGAUGCAUUCUAUGAGCAGCAGAUGACAGCCAGGCAGGCCAAUGCGCUGUCCCGCCAGCUGGAACAAUUCAACAUGAUGGAGAACGCCAUCAGCUCCAGCAGCCUGUAUAGCCCAGGCUCCACACUCAACUACUCCCAGGCUGCCAUGAUGGGCCUGAGCGGGAGCCAUGGAGGCCUGCAGGACCCCCAGCAGCUCAGCUACACAGGCCACGGCGGAAUUCCCAACAUCAUCCUCACGGUGACAGGAGAGUCCCCCCCCAGCCUCUCUAAAGAACUGAGCAGCUCACUGGCAGGGGUCAGUGAUGUUAGCUUUGACUCGGACCAUCAGUUCCCACUGGAUGAACUGAAGAUCGACCCUCUGACCCUGGACGGACUUCAUAUGUUGAAUGACCCUGAUAUGGUCCUAGCUGACCCAGCCACCGAGGAUACCUUCCGAAUGGACCGCCUGUGAGUGGCCUUGCCCGCCACCCACCACUGGUCAGUUCCAAACGGCGCACUCCAAACCUGGGGAUGGCAGUGUUCCGUCCUCCUUUGCCAACGGCCAAGCUUGUGGUUCUGAGCUUGCAACGCUGCCCAGCACCCCCUGCCAGCCGCUACCCCGGUUGUUUGCCUCCCAUGAUGCCUGGCGCAAGGCCACUGUGUACCAGGCUGGCUAUCUGUCUGUCCAUCUGUCCACCUGGAGCCAGGCUGAUCACAGAGGCCAUGAGUGCCUGGCCCCCAUGGACUUUUCCCACGCUCGCUCCCCGGCCCCUCCCUGGGGAUGUGAGAGCUCUCAUCAGUGGUCCACUUCCAAGAUACCCAAAGUGUCACUCACUCCUGGAUGUGCUGCACGAGGGGGGCUGGGCCAUGAGCGUGGGAGCGCCCUAGAGGCUGAGGUGCACUGUCCAUCCGACUGUUCUCAGCUGUCACUGCCUUCCUUCAUCCCUACCCUUCCUACCAUCAUCCCCAGCCCUGGUCAGGUCACGCAUGCCCAUCAUGCCCAGGGCGAAGAUGGCAGAGCAAAGGGACAGACCCGAGCAGAAUAAACACUAUUUGGAUGGCUGCCUUCUA